AUGGUCAUUUUGGGCUCUGAGAAAACGCAUGAGUUGUCCACUUUCAAUGGCUGCCUCCUUUGGGGUUCGAGAGUUAUGAUUCCGGCCUCAUUGAGGGCUAGAAUCUUGACUUCAUUACAUGAGGGCCAUCCAGGAAUCAUUAGGAUGAAGGCGCUUGCGCGCAGCCAUCUGUGGUGGCCUGGCAUUGUUCGGGCCAUCGAAGCCCAGGUACAUGGGUGUCAUACAUCCCAGCAGUCCAGGCCGGAAAUGCCCCAGGCCCCUGUACACAGGUGGGAGGAAACGCACACUCCAUGGUCUAGAAUACAUGUAGAUUACGCUGGGCCCUUUCAGGGACAAUUCUUCCUGGUUGUUGUUGACAGCCAUUCCAAAUGGUUGGAGGUCGUGCCUGUGUCUUCUACCACAGCUGCCAAAACCAUUCAAGUGUUGAGAAACAUUUUUGCUGCACACGGGUUGCCAGAUGUUCUGGUGUCAGAUAACGGUCCUCAAUUUACUUCUACUGAGUUUCAGGGAUUUCUACAGGCCAACAUGAUCCGCCAUGCUGCUUCGGCUCCCUUCCAUCCUUCCACCAAUGGUCUGGCUGAACGGAUGGUUCGCGUCGCCAAGGAUGCCCUCAAGAAGCUGACUUACGGCAAUUGGCAUCACAGGUUGGCUGACUUUCUUCUAGCCCAUCGUACUACUCCGUGCACUGCCACGGGUAAGUGCCCGGCUGAACUCCGUUGGGGUUGUCGGCUCGUGACUAAAUUGGACAGGCUGCAU